CGUUACUGAAUAGGCUCGUCUGUGGCGUCACAUCAGCUCUCUUCUUUGUAAAUUAGCCCUACUAAGUUAGUUAUCUUCCACGAGAGUUGAGAAACUACAAGGCAUAAUGAAAACCGUGGAAAGAAACGUCGUACGCCUGGCGGUGGUGCAGCACCUACGUGCAACGUAUGGAAUAAAGACUAAGAACUGGAACAAAUGCAAAACGAGCAGCAGCAAGUUGACAGCAGACAAUUCGGUCAAGGUUUUUGGAGUUGCUUUAGAAAGUCUGCCACAUUGUCAUGUGCUAGAUUACGGAGAUAUACCCUGCUUCCUUGUGGAUGCCUGUACAUGCCUUAUGUUGCAUUUGGACACAGAGGGCCUGUUUAGAAAAUCAGGUUCCAUUGUUCGAGUGAAGGCGCUUAGGGCAAAGUUGGAUCAGGCUGAAGAGUGUCUGUCCACUGCCCUUCCAUUGGACAUCGCUGGACUUUUGAAACAGUUCUUUAGGGAGCUACCUGAGCCAAUCCUGCCAGCAGACCUGCACAAUGCAUUUCUGAAAGCCCAGGAACUGGCCACUGUGGAAGAGAGAACAUCAGCCACCAUCCUGCUGUCCUGCAUUCUACCUCAUGGGAAUUUAAACACACUGCGCUACUUCUUCAGUUUUCUAAAGAGGGUCUCUCAGAGGUGUGCUGAGAACAAAAUGGACAGCAGCAACCUUUCUGUUAUUUUCGCUCCAAACCUCCUCCAUUGUGGAGAAGGGACAGAGAAAAUGAAUGCCAGCACUGAGAAGAAACUAAAACUUCAAGCUGCUGUUGUGCAGUGCCUCAUUGAUAAUGCUGAAGACCUGGGUGUGGUGCCAGAGUUCCUCAUGGCCAGAGUUCCCGCAAUGCUGGGUUGUGAGGCUGGACUGUUUUCACCGUCGGAUGCUGUGGAGGACGGAAACACACCUUCAGGGGCAAAGAGAUGCAGGCGUAGUUUAGGAGAUGUGGUAAAUGGAGCUCUCAAUAAAUUAAAAAGUAAUAGAACCCCUUCACAUACACCUCAGCCUAAUGGAACAGUCCUAUCCACUGCCACCCCUGUUGUCGUUACACCUAAGCGCAAACUUCCCAUGGAAUCAGGACACAGUUAUGGAUUCUCCAACAAGAAGCGUAGAUCCAUCAAGAAGAAUCUUGGCCUGGAAUUGUUCCCCAGUGCCUUGUUUGGCGGAGGAUCCACACCUGGUUCAGUGCACAGUGCCUCAGGGACACUAGACUCUUCUCAGAGUGCCUUAUCCUCUGUGGGGAGAUGUAGCCGAGUGUCUGCAAGCUCUGCACGGAGGAAGAGCAAAAGACUGAGCCGCCGAAACGUUAACAGAGCCGAGUCAGGGAAAGCUGGCUGCUUUUCUCCAAGAGUGGCAAAAAAAGAGGCAAUGAGGAAGUCCUUGCGUCUGCGCUUUAGCCUCGGAAAAACAAACAGAGAUUGUAGUGUCCUUUCACAUUCUCUACCGGUGCCAAAGGGGUCAGAGGUCAUUGGUUGGCGCCUUGCGACACAAGAGAGUGUCACCAGCUUUCAUUUUACCAAAGACACCACGUUUAGUCCGUCUGUUUUGAGAAAUGGUGCUUCAACAGGCUCCAAGUACAUCAGUAAGUCUGAAAACAACCUUCUGACCCCAUGUGGCACUAAGGAACCUGCAACCUCUUGGAGUGCAGAGACUCCAGAUGGAACCCAAGCCUACACAGGAAGCUCCUUCUCAGACACUCCCAUGAGCGCAUGCCUCAAGACCACCUACUGCUCAGAACCGAUCAUUGUCAGCAAGCCGCCUUUAGUUGGUAACAUCCCAAAGAGCCUUUGCUGUGCUACCAGCGCUGAGAGCCUGGCAAGUUCCGAGUCUUUCAGUGAGGAACCCUCUCAGGCAGGUCCUACUCUUGUGAGGGUCAGGGGGGCUUUGGAUGAGCCUGUAAGUACCCUUUGUACUACUGUAAGUACUCUUUGUACUACUGACAUGGACUACAAAGAGGAGCCCAAAGAGAAAACAGAAGAAAAUGCAAAUAACCCCAGUUCAUCUGAGCUCUCUAUACCUUCAGAAAAUUCACCUGUAUCUUCUGAACUAAAGAAAAAUUCCUCUCUCCAAGUGUCACAAAGCUUAGUGGAAGAUCAGAAUGUCACCUUUGGACAAAUUGAGUUAGUUCCCUUGUCUCCUUUGCACAUAGACAGUGUACUGUUUGAUACUGAAACUGGAGAAAGCUCUAUGAUGGUGAAGAGCACCCAGGAGAGCUCGGUGAGUGUUGAAAGCACCUGCUUGAUUGUGGACAGCUCAACAGGUUCCGCAAACUGCAGCCGGCUGAUCGAUGCUCUUGACAUCCAAAGCCCUGUGGCUUUCAGACUUAACAGUUCCAUCACGGUUCAGUCUACUCCAUUUGCAGCAAGAGAGAGAGCCAGGGAACUCAACACCUCGCAGCCUGAUGAGUUUAAAGAGCCAUUGCCGGUAGAAGCGUCUUCGGAAUCUUCAAGUCAGCAUGAGAGCCAACAGCGAGAACCCUCUUUGGAUCUAGUGCAGCCACACCGAACGAAAGUGUCUGAUCAUAUACAGCGUUUUAACAUGCUGACUCUCAGUUCGCCCAAACCCAAAGUGGUCCGGUCUCCUUUGAAGUUUCAGCGGACGCCUGUGCGGCAGUCGGUCAGAAGGAUUAACUCCCUGCUCAACCAGACAAAAGAGGUCCGGUCUGGGUGGUGUGCUGCCAGUCGAGGAUCCUCUGGCAUGAAAGCGCUGAGUUUAGAAAGUGGCCUAUCCGCUGACGUGCUGCUGCAAGGUCAAGCCACAGAGGUCCCUAGUGAGACUCCUGUUGAGAGAGUUAUACCAAAGCCACCAGAGCCCCCCAUAAAGUCAGCCACUUGCUGCACCAUUAUGCAUUGUCCCUUGGGAGAUAUAACCAAUACGGAGGCACCCAAGGCAAAGGGUGAUGCCUUCUCAGCUAAAGGUAUCCCAUCGGAAUUUCCGAAGUCUGUCCUGCUUGAGGCAGCUGAGAGAGACAUGAGUCACUACAGAGGCUCACCCAAGAACCCACUUACGCAGGUCAAACUGCUCUCUGCUAUGAAACCCAUAGACCUUUAAGACUGCGAUACAUCUCAAGUGUGAUCUGCUUCAUCAGGUUGACCGCUUUGGCCUGUUUCUCCAUCUCGUCUAUUCAGGGGUCUUAAUUUAUUUGCAAGUUUGAACUGUUAAUUAUUUUAGGUUCAUGCUGAUGUUUUUGUAUUCAUAUUUGCUUUUCAAACUUCAUCUAAUUUAGUUAUGACCGGUUAUAUUUCAGAUUUUGAGGGUUAUCGUGGUUUGGUUAAUGUGACAACAGGCCAAACGGUGUACUUGAAAAUCAACCUUGUGCUUUAUGCCUUUCUUUUUCUAAUGCAGGGUAAAACCUAAUUCACAUUAUAUGAUUUUAGCUUUGAUCUCUUUAUCAAACUCCUGCUGUUCUAAGGAUAUCUGGAGGCUAAUUUUGAAUUAGCCCCAUUUUGAUGGAAUAUUGGUGAGGAUGUUCUGCUAAUUUGGCAGAAGCACUGUAAUCGUGUGUUAUUCCAGUACAUCAGGAUAAGUCCUGAUGCCCUCAAGUCUAUGACUAGAGUUUUCUUGGUCAUGUAACAUGAAAGGGUCUUAAUCCGACUCUCCUAAGCGAGAAAAUGUGCUAGGAUGUGUCCUGUAACUUAAGUUAGCAAGUGAAAGCUUGAAGUUAGCAAGUGCAGCUGUGAGCCAGGGAAAGUGUAAAGAGUGAUUGAUCUCAGAGGUUGCUGUCUGUAUUAAGAGUGGCUGUAUGUCUGUGUGAUCUGGAUGGAAGGAUUUUAGAUGGUGACCUUAUUUACAUUGUAUUUAUUUUCCAAGCUUAAUGGUUAAAGUCUUGAGCAGCAAUGUCAAUGAAGAAGUGGGUUUUAAAAAAAUUCUGAUGUACCUCAUAUGUUUGUAAGAAUGAAACAGUAUUACAAAUUUUACUAUUUGAGCUUUUUUUAAUUUUGUCAGUCUGCUUUGUAUGCAAUGUCUUGGAGCUUCGUUUAUAAAGCGUAAAGUUGCCACUUCAAAACGUGUUUGUUUUCUUUGAAGUUCCUUUUUGCGCCACAGGGUGGCGCCCAAAGUUUUACAAACUCUAAACUCGAGUAAUCUCAAGUAAGACGUAUAAAACCAAAGGCUGGAUCACGUUAAUAAAAUGGGGGACUGAGAUCAGGGUGACCAGUUAGCCUCAGCAUUUAAAUUUUAAAAUGGUUAGUUAACCUAAACUAUAUUAAUGAUUUCGUUUAUAGAAUGGAUAUAAUAGGCAGGACAUUCCUCUCUGACCUCCCGGUCAUUUAAAAUGUACAAGGUAAACUUUUACUGCCUUCAGCAUUUGCUCUCUGUGAAUAAGGAUGAGGUAUAUUUUUUUACUAAAUAUAUAAAGCGCUACUUUAAAUAAUGAGGAAUACUGUGCAGUCAUAUUAUUUCGGCCGUCUUAAGAAUUUAUACCAUGCCUCCUUCCUGCCCCAGUGCCGUUCUGCAAAAUUAAUAGAUGUUUUAUUGACAUGAGCUACUGAGCUAUUUCUGCUCUUUCACUCCUCGUGUCAGAGUGAGUAAUACUGACUGGCUUUAGAGAAGCGCGGUCUGAAGUUGCAGAUGUCCGGCCAAGCCUGUAGGCUAAUUCCCCCUGGAAGUGGACGCACACAGGCCUGACCACAUCCGCCCGUGUCUAAUGGAGCGCAGUAGCCGAAUUAAAGCGCUGAAGAUGGUAACUCUGGAUGAGUUCACUCCCAUUAGAGGGGAUUUGUGCAGAGUUUGGCUCUGAGCUGUCUGAUGAAGAAGGAGGACGGGAAUAUUCAGCUCCGUGAUGAGAGACAGCUUGUGGGACAGCUGAAGUUUAUUUUAGUGGUCUAUCUGUUAGUUUAGUCACAUUUUUCUCUUCAAAUAUCUCUGGAGUUCUGUGAACAGGCGUGUUAAUGUUCUCUGUGUAUUUAUUUCUGUGGCCCAUUGUUUAGAAAGGCAGCUGCUAUAAUAAAACACAAGGGAGCAGAAGUUGGAGGUUUAUGAGCGAUAUAGUGAAUCAGCUGUAUGGCUGGUGUUAAGAGGACGGAGACCUCAGAAAGCAUAUUCCUAAAAACUUCUUUUAAACUGACCUUUACAAUAAUAAAUUCCAUGAUAAAAUACAUUAAUGGUUUGUUCGUUGAAAUAUGUUACUAAUUCAGUCACACUCUGACAUGUAUUCGUUUAUAAGCUGUAAUCAGUCCUUUCUAAUUAUACUAUCAAUAAAUUCUAUGAUUAAAUAGGUUUUUGUUUACUUUUGUGUUAAAUUUUGUUUAUUUAAUUGGGGCAGCAGGUCAAACUUUUUCGAGGCUGUUCUCAAAGGUGAAACAUCGCUCGUCUACUGUUUCUAUAAGUUCAGCUGGACAGAAAUGGGCACUCAUAGUAGUUACUAGUUCGUUGUGGGUGUUUUGCUGUGUGGCCGUGAUUUUUGGCGGCCUGUUGUUCCCUCGAGCUCAAGAUCUUCAUCACUCCAUCAUCGUCCUCCUCCUCUCAGCGGCUUCUUUCG